CAUUCAAAUGACGUUGCACGAUAGCAGUCAGUCUGUCACGUCGGCAUGAGCAAAAGAAACAAAAGCGCUUUCCCUAGUAGAGUUCAAUCACAGGCUGACAUAAAAAUAUGUACUGAGACAAAAAAUAAGUGCUGUUUCCUCGUCGCGCACACAAUGCCGCGACGACUCGUCUGGAUUAUUCCACGCAAGGAAGCGUGACGACAAGAAGCAAAGUGGCUAAUGCUACUACGCUGAUAGUAGAUUUGUCACUUUACUUUCAAGAAUAAUGGCGCAGGAAGGCAGUGUUUAUGAAGUCACACUUGGUGUGGUUGGCAUGACUUGUGGCUCCUGUGUUCAAUCCAUAGAGCAGCGGAUCGGUUCUUUUCCGGGGGUAAUACACAUAAAGGUCUCUUUAGAGGAGGCAAAUGCCACAGUUAUUUUUAACAACACCCACCAAAGCGAAGAGUCCCUGUUGAAGGCCAUCGAUGACAUGGGAUUCGAAUCAAGUUCAUCAGCAUCCGGCGCGGCCGCACCAGUUCAUAUUGACAGCCAGCUGAUCCCCACAUCCGAACUGACGUCUGCGGCUCGACAGGAGGCUUUGGAGAAGCUGUCUCAGAUCGCAGGAGUACUGAAUGUCAGAGAAAGUCCGACCAAAGAGGACUUCACCGUCACUUUUGUGCCGUCUUUGACGUCCGUACAGGAGCUUACCAAAAUUAUUUUGAGCGCCUCGCCAUCAGAGAACGCUACUCCUGCUAGCCCUGUUCCAAAAGACUUGCCAGGUUCUCCAUCGCACAACUCAGAAAGUAAAGCGGCGCUCGUGAAGAUGAGCAUUCAAGGCAUGACCUGUCAUUCAUGCACAACCACAAUUGAGGGGAAGAUUGGAAAAUUAAAAGGGAUUGAAAAGAUCAAAGUCAGUUUGGAUUCUCAGGAAGCUGCAAUUGUGUAUCUGCCUUACCUCAUCAGUGUUCAGACCAUCAUUGACCAGAUUUCUUUGGCCGGCUUUAAAGCUUGUGUGAAGUCCAAACCACGCCCUUUGCAACUGUCCCUUAGUCAAGUUGAACAGUUUGCCGAUUCUCAAAAAACGAGCGUUUCACCACCAUUAGAGGAGGAAAUCUUCAUUGACACAAUGUUCGUGGCGCUCAUGGUAAAAGGGAUGCACUGUCGAUCCUGCGUGGUCAAUAUCCAAGACAACAUCUCCACAUUGCCUGGUGUAUCUUCUGUGGAGGUCUCUCUUGAGGAGGAGAAGGCCUCCAUCUGCUAUGACCCGCAGAAAGUUACAGUUUCUCAAUUACAGCAGGCAAUUGAAGCACUUCCCCCGGGGAACUUCAAGACUCAACCCUGGGAUUCUUCUGGGCUCCUCAGCCCUCCAGCUACCUCACCUCCGCUGACUUUAUCUUCACCUCCAGUGUUUGGAUUAUCCCUGGCCAAACCUGCUGUACCCCAACCUUGUUUUAUCCAGCCUCUAGCAUACACAGCCAAGAUUGACAUUGAGGGCAUGACAUGUAAUUCCUGCGUCCAGACUAUCGAAGGAGUGAUGUCUGAAAGGAAAGGUGUGAUGUCGGCCCGGGUCUCUCUGGAUGAUCGGCAGGGUUUCUUUGAAUAUGAUCCGCUAUUGGUCUCCCCAGAGGAGCUUAGGGAUGCCAUAGAAGACAUGGGCUUUGAGGCCUUCUUACCUGAGAAUAAUACCCCGUCAGCCGUGUCACGUUCUAAUGUCUCCAAGUCUUCAAGUCUAGCGCCAAUGAGAGAUAAGGAAGUAGACAUCAACCUCCUCAAAGAGACACCUUUGGAUCGCAAAACAGACAGGCGAGACAAAAACAUUAGUGCGAACAAGUGCUUCAUCCAGAUCCGAGGCAUGACCUGUGCAUCAUGUGUGGCGAACAUUGAGCGAAACCUCAAAAAUGAACCUGGUAUCUACACUGUUUUGGUAGCGUUAAUGGCUAGUAAGGCCGAAGUACGGUAUAAUGCCGAAAUGAUCGACCCUGGGAAGAUUGUGGAGUGCGUGAACGAGCUGGGCUUCUCAGCCUCAGUUAUGGAGAACUAUGAAGGUUCAGAUGGCAACCUGGAAUUAGUGGUCAGGGGAAUGACUUGUGCCUCUUGUGUCCACAAAAUUGAAUCAAGCCUUAUGAAAGAAAAUGGGAUUAUAUAUGCCUCUGUUGCCUUAGCAACCAACAAAGCACACUUCAAGUAUGACUCUGGAGUGAUAGGACCGCGAGACAUCAUUAAGCUGAUUGGGAGUUUGGGUUUUGAAGCAUCUCUAGUGAAAAGAGACCGUGCCGCCAGCCACUUGGACCACAGCAAAGAGAUACGACAGUGGAGGAAAUCCUUCCUGGUGAGCCUAGUAUUCUGUGUGCCUGUGAUGGGUAUGAUGAUAUACAUGAUCAUCAUGGACCACCAGAUGAAUGUUUCACAUCACCACAACGCCACGGCCGAAGACCGCAAUCACUUCCAUGCCACCAUGUUCUUAGAGAGGCAGUUGCUCCCAGGCCUCUCUGUCAUGAACUUGCUCUCUUUCCUCUUUUGUGUGCCUGUGCAGUUUAUUGGUGGUCGCUACUUCUAUAUUCAAGCCUACAAAGCAGUAAAACACAGAUCUGCCAACAUGGACGUGCUUAUUGUACUGGCAACCUCCAUAGCCUUUACGUACUCCUCCAUGGUACUAAUAGUGGCCAUGGCGGAGAAAGCAAAAGUCAACCCCAUCACUUUCUUUGACACCCCGCCGAUGCUCUUUGUUUUCAUCUCAUUGGGACGCUGGCUGGAACAGAUAGCCAAGAGCAAAACAUCUGAGGCUCUUUCAAAGCUCAUGUCCCUGCAAGCCACUGAGGCCACAGUGGUCACUCUCAGUAGCGAUUCAUCCAUUCUAAGUGAGGAUCAAGUGGAUGUUGAACUUGUACAGAGGGGAGAUGUAGUAAAGGUUGUCCCUGGUGGAAAGUUUCCAGUUGAUGGCAGAGUCAUUGAAGGUCAUUCCAUGGCAGAUGAGUCUCUCAUCACAGGUGAGGCCAUGCCUGUGACCAAGAAGCCAGGGAGUGUUGUGAUUGCGGGCUCCAUUAACCAGAAUGGCUCCCUGCUGGUCAGCGCUACACAUGUUGGCAUGGACACCACCCUGUCGCAGAUUGUCAAAUUAGUUGAAGAAGCUCAGACCUCAAAAGCUCCUAUCCAGCAGUAUGCUGAUAAGAUCAGCGGCUACUUUGUACCCUUCAUUGUCGGCGUGUCUGUCCUCACUUUGAUUUCCUGGAUUAUCAUUGGGUUCCUGGAUUUCCCUCUUGUGGAAAAAUACUUUCCAGGUUAUGACAAGAGCAUUUCCCGGGCUGAAGCGGUGAUUCGCUUCGCUUUCCAGGCCUCCAUAACAGUCUUAUGCAUUGCCUGUCCAUGCUCCCUCGGUCUGGCGACGCCGACGGCUGUCAUGGUGGGCACUGGGGUUGGAGCUCAAAAUGGCAUUCUGAUAAAAGGAGGGGAACCUCUGGAAAUGGCGCACAAGGUCCAGUCAGUGGUGUUUGAUAAGACCGGGACCAUUACGUAUGGCGCUCCAAACGUUGUCCAGGUGAAAAUACUCGUGGAGGGCAACAAGAUGCCCCGCUCUCGACUGCUCGCUAUCGUGGGCACAGCAGAGAACAACAGCGAACAUCCUUUAGGAGCGGCUAUCACCAAAUACUGCAAGCAGGAGCUCGGCACGGAGUCGCUCGGCACGUGCACAGAAUUCCAGGCCGUUCCGGGCUGUGGCAUUCGGUGUCGGGUCAGCAACACAGAGAUGCUGUCAAAGCACGUGGACAGUGACAGCGAGGACAACAACCAGCGCAACAGCUUGCUUGUUCAGAUCAGCGACACCCUAACGUCCAGCAGCUCUCAUCCUCUUAUAAUGGAUCCACAGCCACCUAGCCUGGACCAGACUGCAAGCUACGUCGUCUUGAUUGGUAAUCGAGAGUGGAUGAGGAGGAAUUGUCUGCAGAUCCGGCCUGACAUAGACGAUGCCAUGAUAGAGCACGAGCGCAGAGGACGUACCUCUGUUUUGGUUGCUGUAGACAAUCUGCUGUGUGCCAUGAUAGCCAUAGCAGACACAGUCAAACCGGAAGCUGAGCUUGCAGUGCAAACUCUUACCAGCAUGGGGUUGGAGGUUGUGUUGAUGACGGGAGACAACAGCAAGACAGCAAGGGCCAUUGCUUCACAGGUGGGCAUCAGGAAGGUGUUUGCAGAGGUGCUUCCCUCCCACAAAGUGGCUAAAGUGGAGCAGCUCCAGCAGGCUGGGAAAAGGGUCGCCAUGGUGGGCGACGGCAUCAACGACUCGCCCGCCCUGGCCAUGGCAGACGUCGGCAUCGCCAUAGGAACCGGCACAGAUGUGGCCAUCGAGGCGGCAGACGUUGUCUUGAUCAGGAAUGACCUUUUAGAUGUCGUCAGCAGUAUCGACCUCUCUAAAAAGACCGUCAAGAGGAUCAGGAUAAACUUUGUCUUCGCUCUCCUCUACAACCUGGUUGGCAUUCCCAUCGCUGCAGGUGUGUUCCUUCCCAUCGGCCUUGUGUUACAGCCAUGGAUGGGUUCCGCCGCCAUGGCACUAUCUUCAGUCUCUGUGGUCGUGUCCUCGCUUCUACUCAAAUGCUACGCCAAGCCCACAGCAGAGAAGCUGGAGGCCAGGCUGGGCGGCGACAGGCGGCAGGGCAGCCUGUCCGAUGUCAGCGUCCACAUCGGCAUGGGCGACCUGCGGCGAUCCUCGCCCAAGCUCAGCCUCUUCGACCGCUUUGUCAGCUACAGCCGGGCGUCCAUCAACUCGCUGCGCUCCGACAAGCGCUCUAUCCACAGCCUGGUGCUCAGCGAGCCCGACAAACACUCACUCCUGGUGGGGGAGGCGACGUGCGACGAGGUCAUCUGCUGAAGAGCGCUUCAGAAAAACUGGCUCAGCAGUCUUCACGCUUGUGAGUCCAAAGAUCGUUUGAAGUUUCUUCUUGUCCAUUGGUUGCAUUGGUUGUUGUUUAAUACGCAGUAUUUAUAUCUACCUUAUUUAUCUAAUGUUCAUGAUCCAAAUGAUACUUGAGAGCAAGUUGGAAGUACUCGUGGAAAUGUCAGCACAUUCCAAAAGAGCACCUUGGAUGCAGCAGUGUUCACGUCUCCAUGGCAACAGACGCAACCUGCUAUUCUAUUUUUGCUGAUCAUUGUAAUGUAGGUUGUCUUCUCUAUGUCACGCAGAUGCAUUUAGAUCAUAUGUACAGGUCACCUGGUGUUAAAAUCAUGUUAGUUUACUACUUCAAAGCAUUUCUUUGUUUUAAUACGGCUACAGAAUUGCUUUGCUGAGCCUUUUUAAGAGUUUGCGCAAUGUCACACAAGCGUCCGAGCCCUAUCGUUGGCUUUAAUUGCCGCUACUUUCCCAAUGACAUGUGUCAUUAAGUCUGCUUAGUGUUAUCACACUGGCUUGUAUAAGCCACGCCCAUCAAGCAUCACGUAUGUACAUGAACGGUUAAAUGAAGCAUUGCUCAAUGUUGUUCUAAAAUAGGGGUGGGGCACAUAAAUUCAUUAUUUAAUCCAAGCUGCCUUGUUGUAAUUAUGCCCCCGAAAUGACCUACAGAUGCUCUGAAUUUAUACUAAAUAAACAAAUCAAUGUAUAUUUUUGUCAAAUCAGUACGGAUAUGAAAAACUGAGCUGGGAUUACUCCCCACCCCUGUUCUCUUGUGCCUUGGAAUAAAAAGAAAAUUGAAAAUAUCUGUUCAUCAUUCCACAUAAAGAUCACAUUGAGUCACCGAACUGGACAACCAAACACCAUUUAAUUUUAAGAAAUACAUCAGACUUCUUCCCUUACAUGAUCACUUGGGCUGUAUUUUCAAUUGCCAUUUUAUGUAGAGGUUUGAAAUGUACAGCAUUAAAGAGGGAUUAGCUCUUAUUAGUUACAACUAUUUUAAGAAAAUCAAUACAUGAAAUGUCAAGUAAAAAUCAAAAUAACAAUUUUGUGCUAACUUCUCAACUGGUCCAAGAGGAAAGAAACAACACUGUGGUUGAAGUGUUUACAAAAAUGGGAAGAAAAAAAAAAAAAAAAAAAACAGAGCAGCAUAUGUCAGUAUUCCAACAUUGUGCUUGUGUGGCCUAAGACUUGUCUGUAGCAGGGAAAACAUUACAUUCAGUUCACCUUGAAGACGACAAGAACAUAGUCACUUCGUACCAGCUGGGAACACUUCUGGGAACACUAUUCAAAUCAGCUUACUCAUACAAUAACGAUAGUAGAUUUCAAGACUAUUAAACAUCUUUACAGUGAUCACAC